UCUACACAUCUAUAGAUGUAUGUAUCGGAAACUAUUCAGUUUGCCAAAAGUGGAGAAAAGCAAGGGCUGAUGGCAGUUGAUGAUACUGCUAAGUUUAUUGGCACCUACAGGAGGUUUAAGCCACACCUCCUAAUGUUUCUGGCUCAGAUAGCCUACACUUUUUUGUAUUUCAUCACAGAGGCUUCCUUCAAUCAUGGGAUGAAUGCUUAUGUUUACAUAACUUACAGACAUAUAGUAUCUGCCCUAGUGAUGUUCCCUUUUGCCUUUUUUCUUGAAAGAAAGAUAAGACCAAAGUUGACAGUAGCUCUGUUUUUCGAGAUUUUUGUUCUUUCUCUUUUGGGGGUGAGUUUGACUCUAAACAUGUAUUUUACAAGCUUGGGAUUCACCUCUCCCACAUUUGUUGCAUCCAUGGUCAAUACUAUUGCUUCCUUGACGUUUAUAAUAGCAGUUGUUCUCAGGCUAGAGGCUCUUGAUCUUCAAAACCCUCGAGGAAUAGCCAAAGUUCUUGGUACCUUGGUUUCCCUGGCUGGAGUAACAAUCAUGACACUAUACAAGGGACCAACUCUGAGGAAUAUAUGGCAUCCAUUAAUUCACCUUCAAGGAAAAACAACCAUUAAGGAGGAUUGGCUAAAGGGUUCCAUUCUUACUGUAGCAAGCUGCAUAACAUGGUCCAUAUGGUACAUUAUGCAGGCAUUUACAUUGAAGAGAUAUCCAGCACAACUAUCACUAACUACAUGGAUGAGCUUUGUUGGAGCAAUCCAAUCAGCUGUUUUCACGGCGUUUGUAGAACGCAAAGCAGCCACAUGGACAAUUGGUUUCAACAUUGACUUCUGGUCUACCAUAUAUGGUGGAAUUGUUAUCUCGGGCUUAGUGAUCUUCAUCCAGUUGUGGUGCACAGAAGAAAAGGGACCUGUUUUUGUGACAAUGUUCAAUCCCCUAAGCACAAUAUUAGUGGCAGUGCUAGCAUACUUUGUUUUUGGUGAAAAGCUGUUUACAGGCAGUAUAUUAGGGAGCAUUAUCGUCAUUAUUGGUUUAUACUUGCUGUUAUGGGGUAAAGAACAUGAUCGAGUAGAAAUCAAGCCAAAAGAGAUAUUGGAAGGACCAGCAUUUCCUCUGGCUGCAAAGGAUAUGAGAGAAGAACCUUGGUGCCAAGGUCACCAGAACUUUAGUUUCUUUGGCCGGAGUAAUGACCAUGACACGUUGACACUGUACAAAGGGUCUAUUAACAAGAGUCCGUGGCGCCAUCAUCCUCCUUUCCGUCAUCUUCAUGGACUUAGAACAAACAUCCAGGAGGACUGGCUGAAGGGCCCGGUUCUUGCUGUAGGAAGCUGCAUAACAUGGUCUGCAUGGUACAUCAUGCAGGUGGAGAAAGCCACCAAGGAACUAAUGGCUGAGCGUGUGGGAAAUUACAGGAGGUUUAAGCCACACCUGCUAAUGGUGGUGACCCAGAUAGCUUACACUCUCCUGUACUUCAUCACCGAGGCUUCCUUCAACCAUGGAAUGAAUCCUUUUAUUUACGUUACUUACAGACAUCUGGUCGCUGCUAUUGUGAUGUUUCCUUUCGCAUAUUUUCUUGAAAGAAAGAUAAGGCCAAAGUUGACAAUGGCUCUGUUGCUGGAGAUCUUCGUUCUCUCUUUCCUGGGGGUGGGGUUGCCUCUUAACAUGUAUUUUGCAAGCUUGAGAAUCACAUCGCCUACAUUCGUUGCCACCAUGGUGAACACCAUAGCUUCUCUGACCUUUGUAAUAGCGGUGGUUCUCCGGCUAGAGGUUAUUGAUGUUGGAGGCCCACGAGGGAUGGCCAAGGUCGCCGGAACCCUAGUUUCUAUGGCCGGAGUCUUGACCAUGACGCUGUACAAGGGGCCCAUUAUCACCAGUCUGUGGCGCUAUCCCCCGGUCCGUCUUCAUGGAAGUGGAAAAAUCCAGGAGGACUGGUUGAGGGGCUCGGUUCUUCUUGUAGCUAGCUGCGUAGCGUGGUCUGCAUGGUACAUCAUGCAGGCGUUUACAUUGAAGAGGUAUCCCGCACAGCUCUCGCUAACCACGUGGAUGUGUUUCGUUGGAGCAGUGCAAUCAGCCAUUUUCACAGUUUGUGUUGAACAUAAACAAGCCGCUUGGACAAUCGGCUUUGACAUUGACUUAUUAUCUGUUGUAUAUGGUGGAGUUGUUGCGUCGGCCCUAGUGCUCUUCCUCCAGUUGUGGGUCACAGAAGAAAAGGGCCCAGUUUUUGUGACAAUGUUUAAUCCUCUUUGCACGGUACUAGUUGCAGUGCUAGCUUACUUUAUCUUUGGUGAAAGGCUCUAUUUGGGCAGCAUUGUAGGCGGCGUUAUUGUAAUUGCUGGUCUGUACAUGCUGCUGUGGGGCAAAGACCGUGACAAACAAGACAUGAAGCCCGGAGAGCAAUCCAUCUCUGCUUCUGAAGAGCCCAAUAAAGGCACCGCAAAGGAUAUGAAAGAAGAGCCUUGAUGAGACCAGAAUAAUUUGGUUAGAAGAGCCCAUCAAAUUGACAGUGAAAUGAUCUAUCUACAAAGAAUUUUGUAUUAUGAGCAUCAUUUUGGUGAGGCUGCUAUCUAUGAAUUAUGAUCAUUUUUUGGGUCCAGGCUGGAAGCUGGUUUGAAGCAGAGAGGAGAGAGAAUAAACCAUCACCAAACCAUAACUUGCAAUUGCAUCACCAACAAACAAACGAUGGCAUUAUUGACGGGGAAGUUGGUGGCCUUAUGAUUACACAAAUUGAAGGACCCCCACAGACUGACUCGCCUCCUCUUUGCCAUUAAUCACAGAGGCCCUGUCCCUCAACCAUUUUCUGCUCUUCUUUA